AUGGCGAGCAAACUUCUCAGCCCCUUCAAAGUGUUCAGAAAUGCAGCCAUGGACAGGACACAAGAGCAGGACCCAGCCCGUGGCCGCUUCCGCCGAGCACUGAAGAUGUUCCGGGAGUUCCUAGAUGUUCGACAUAGAAAGACCAGCACCACAGAAACAGAGAGCACAGCCAAGCCUGACUCCAGCCUGACCGAGCCCCAGGCAGAGCCUGAUGUCAGCCCAGAUUCACCUGAGCGCUCAAACAACUCUGACACUACAAUGAAUGAUGACAGAGCAACUGCUGACAUGGCAGUGACUGAGGACAUGGCCAUCCCAACCACCGACACUGGAGAGACUCAGAGCAUUGCAAAUAUUGACACCACUCCCACUCUGAGCCAGGAACUCAUACUGGACUAUUUCAAGGAACCUUCAGUUUCUUCUCAGCAGCAUGUGCCAGCCAUGGUGAAAAGCAUUCACCAGAGACUUGUGUCCUGUGCCACUGUGGGUGUCAGUCUGCGCACUGACAUUCGGAGGCUGGCUGAAGAACACCCUGCUGACGUGGUGCUGACCCUCCUGUGCUGUGCCCCAACGUGUGACAGAGCUGCUGCAAGGAUGUGGAGAGCCAUAGGCUCUUCAGGACCAACAGUGGAGAAGGUGCUGCCAACUCUGCUCUGUGUGAUGGAGGAUUGGCCUCUGCACAGCACAUGCACCUCUGAUGGGGACAACAAAGAUGUUUUUGCCCUGUCUGCAACUCUGGUGAUCUGGCUAAUUGUGCCUCAAUGCCACAAGGCAAUGAUCCUUUAUUCCUCCCGCCUGUUUGUGGCUCUGCUCUUCCAUGUUGUCAUCACCACACAGCAGAUGCCAGAGGAAGUCAAUAACUUCUGGAGAGCAUGCCGGGAGAAACACUGCCUUCCCAGCAAGCCUAACAGGUUUGCAGUGCAGGCCAUGAAGGCUCUGCUCUUCUGUCUGCACUAUGACCCUGAGGUGAUGGCCAUGGCGCGCAAGCGUGGCUGGGACACCCUGCUCUGUCCUGACACCCAGCACUAUGCUGUGGGUCUGCUGGCCAGGGAGAUGCGCCGUGCCUCCGUCUCCUUGUGUUCUGGGAUUGCACACCGCCUGCUUGGGUGGUUCAGCAGAAAAGAGGCACGCUGGGAUCUGCCCUUCCUGGCAUUCCUUGUGGAGGUCUUAGAUUGCCUGGACUUGAGUGAACACGGUGACAGCAUCCUUGAGAUCAUGUCAAGGCAUGUGCAGAGCACCUGCAGGGAGAGGCGUCGCCUGGCGCUCAGAGGCCUUGUGGUGCUCAGCAAGGAUGUCUCAAUGGCCACAAAAUUGUGCAGCCUCUCUCAAAGUCUUUUGAAGCUGCUGGGUGAUGCAGAUGGAGAGGUGCUUGGCAUGACCCUCCGUGUGUUCACAAAUGUGCUCCAGGAUAAAGACAUCCUGGUAUCCAGCACCACCGCACCAAAGCUGGCCAAGGCACUCCUGGCGCUCUUGGACAAUGACAACAGCCAUGUGCAGCUCCUCUCCCUUGACCUCUUCUGCAAGGUGAUGGAAUUGGUAGUAGACGAGGGGAAAAAGCCCCUUAAGUCAACUGUGUGCCAGAGCCUACUCCCGCUUUUAUUCCACUGCCAUGAUGAAAAUCAGUGUGUGGCAGAGGCCGCUCGGGAAACGCUGCAUUGUUCGACAAAAUUCCUGAAGAAGAAAAAUCUCAUGCAACUGGUGCAGACAGAGAAGCUGUGGAUAUUUGCUGAACGCCUGCUGCGGCCCUGCCCAGUGCUGACCCAGGGGCCGCACGGGCUCUUCCCCAGGCUCCUGUGGGUCCGAGCCGGUUGCCCACAGAGCCCCAGCACAGCGGGGCUGCAGGGCAGGGCUGCACCGCGGCUCCCCGGACAGCACCCGGACCUCUGCCCCUGCAGAGCCCGGUGCCAGCGGCUGCUGGCCGUGCCUCAGGGCUGUGAGGGCUGGGGAUGCCGGGGCCGGGUGCGGGCAGUGCCUGGCAAAGGGGCAGAGCCCGCCCCGACUCUUCCCUGCCGCCGUUCUCUGCAGCUGGCCGAGGACAGGAGCCGAGCGGCCGAGCACCUGCGCCAGGCCGUGCCGUACCUGCAGAGCCCACAGGAGUCCCUGCAAGCGGCGGCCAUCAGGUUCAUGGGUGAGCCCAGGCUCCCUCCCCGCCCCGCCGCAGCUCGGCCCCAGCUCCGCCUGCUGCCCCGGCAGCGCCAUCCGGGCCCGGCUCCGCGGAGCCCCGGCUGCCCUCAGGGCUGCUGCCGCCCUCUCGCAGCCGUGCCCUUGGGCGUCAGGGUGCGGCAAGGGCCCGGGCUGAGCCCUGCCGGGCCAGGAGGGCGAGUGGCCACAGGGCUGGCAGCGCCGCUGGCAGGGAGCUGUGCCGCUGGGGCCGUGACCCGCUCUGUGUUCUCAGUGCUCGCCGUGAGGAGCUUGAGAGGGCAGAAGGAAGAGCUCCAGGUGGUGAAUGAGGGUGAGUGA